AUGGCGCGCACGCUCCGCAGCGUCCCCUACUUCAUGCACACGCUUCUCCUUUUCACCAAGUCUGAUCUCAAGACAACUGUGGGCCCCGUCUCCUCCCUUGCCAUCGCAUCUGCUCCCAUAGCGGGCCCCCUCCGCCUACCACACGUCGUCUUCUGGGUAUGGCUCCAUGUGCUGCAGUUCGACCUCUCGAACCAGUGCAUGGACCCGGAGGAGGACGCGCAGAACAAGCGCGACCGCCCCCUCCCCGCCAAGCGCAUCACCCUCGCGCAGGCUCGUUUCCUCCGUUGGGCCAUCGUCCCCGUCUGCCUACGUCUGUCCGCACUCUACAGUGCUGAGACGGUCUACGCGAGCAUCGCCCUCGCCUUCCUCACGCUCCUUUACAACGAGCUCACCGCGCACCGCCGGCACUGGGUGAUCCGUAACCUCGUAAACGCGCUCGGAUUUGCGUCAUUCGAGGUCGGCGCGACACUUGUCGCGGGCGCGGAUCCGACGCGUCUGGACGGGAUCGCUCUCUGCUCGGUGCUCGCGAGCACGGGCAUCUUCGCGACGACGAUCCACACUCAGGACUUCAAGGACGUCGAUGGUGACCGGGCCAUCGGCCGACAAACGAUCCCGAUCGUCUUCGGGGCCGCCGCGCGCUGGACGGUGAUUGUGCCUCUCGUGCUGUGGUCGGUCGGGCUCUCCGUGUUCUGGGGGCUCGGCAUCGUGGCGGGCGCAGCGGUAACCGCUCUUGCGGUGCACGUGGGCGUGCUCUAUCUCAACGCGAAGACGAUUCACGAGUAUCAGGUGGCCUUCUACUGGUAUAACCUCUGGUUGUCCACCGCACACGCCCUCCCGGCGUACUGUCGGCUCUUCAGUGAGCCGUACUUUGCUUUGGGGGCAUGA